ACUCGGUACAACGUACAGUAGCAGCUAGCAGCCUUUACUCGUCCACGGUCUUUCGCGGUGGAACGGCGAGUGCGCGCGCGAAAAUUCACACCUCGAGAAAGAGCGAAAAGGAAAGGAAGAGGCGAGAACGAGGGUAGCUCCUGCGCGGCGGACCCGCCGCCGAUCGGGCGACAUUGAGGGAAGAAGAGCGCGCGGUCUUCUUCGUGGAAGAUGUAACGAUUUCCACGGGAUUUUUCUCUCGCGAGGAAGGGAGGAGAAAACGGCGCGCCGACGGGAUAGAAGAGGCGAGGAGCCCGCUAGCAGCGAUCGCCAGCGAUUUUCUUAUUUGAAAGGGAGGGACGCUUCGCCAUCGAGAGGGAAGUUGAUGGCGUGAGGCGUCAUCGGCGCGCGGACGCGGACUCGCCCGUUUUCUUCACGGAGGAGAGAAAGAGAGAGAGAGCCGAGGCUCACCGACAGCCAGGAUGCACGCGGUUGGAUUGCACUCGGCGCUGGCCAUCAAGCGUCAGCGAAUGCGCCGGGACGAGCAACGUCGCGCGCGCGAGCGUCGUUAUAGCGCACAAUCGGGCGAAAGCGGCCUGACGUCGCCUAGGGCCUCGACCGGAUCGCUCAACCACCACGGCAGGCAUCACAAGGGCACGCAUGGCGGGGCGCGCACAGCCGGCCAGGGCAUGCUGGACACCAAGGUGGUCACCUCAAUCGGGAUGCUGCACAUCGGCGUGGUCUUUCUGGUGCUGGGCGCCUUCCUGCUGAUGAGCGGCCUGCUACCGGGUGACCUCGCUCACUGGGGCACCAAGGCGUCCGGCGGCUGGUGGAACGAGCUCGUCGCUGUCGGCCUCUUCGCGAUCCUCGUCGGCGUCUUCCUCAUCGUCCUGAAUCGCGUGAUCGCCAAGAAGGAGGAGGACGAUCUCGAGGAGUACGUUCAACGGCAGCUCACCAGGUCCCGAUCCGGCCAUCGAUUGGAGCGGGACGUCGAGACCGGCGGGCUGACUACUCGCCACGCCAGACGAGCCAAGCAGAUGCGACAGGUCUCGUCAGACGUCUCCCUUGACAGUAAGGGCAAUGGCAAGCUCGACGGUAACGGUGGUUCGCCGCCACGAAGCCCGCCGCCCGCGUACACGCCGCAGAUCUCCGUCAACGAUGACAAUCAGACGCCGGUUGUCCAAUCGGCGCUCUAUCUCGAGCAGAUCACCGAGGAGGAGAUUAUCAGCGAUCGCGUCGAGACCUCGACCACCACUAGCCUCAGUCCAGGCUCUCCCAGCGAGACCCGGGAGCUGCUGCAGAACGCCCGAUACUCGAAGCAGAAUGGAAACCCCCAGCAGGUUCAUCGGCCACUUUACGUCUCGAAAAUCUAAACGGUAGGAUCGUAAAAGAUAGAGAGAGGGAGGGAGAGAGAGAGAAAGAGGAGCAAAGCGGACAACCGGAUUACGCGCGAAACAGUCCGCUCUUUUUAUCUGGGAUUCGUAUCCAGGCGUCUUCCGACACCGGCAGUAUUCUUCUCGGACUGAAUUUCCGUACAUACAUAUUCCCGCGUCGCGACUUCAAUGGUUACAAUGAAAUUGCGAGAGAACGCGACGCUGUAAAAUACGAAUACUAUUCGAUACCAACGGCAGACUUGGGAAGACUUGUAUUGGGAAUCCUCACGUGGAUUAAGCGGCGACUUUUGCGCGGCGCCGACGGUCCUCGUAUUUACGAGCCAAGACGCGCGUCGUGCGUUAUAUCGUUUUUUUUUUUUUUCGAAGGCGGCUUGAAAAGCGCGAAAUCGUUUCGAUAAUCAUACGUACAUAAUCAUAAUCGUAAUCGUAAUCGUAAACACAAACGUAUACACGUACGACACGCUCGACGGACGAAGUAGAAAGUUGAAGAAUCGAAUUUUCAAGGACCAAGAACACUACCCGUGAAGAUUAUAUUGUAGAAAGAGGCACAACUUUGCGAAACAAUUUUGCUGUUAAAAUGCAUAUAUAUAAUAUAUACUGGGAAGUAUAUUCGAUAAAUAAUCGUUGGAAAUAAUCGUUUCUACUUGAAACAAUCUAUUAGGCGUAUAAGCGACGGCGCAUAUUACGGUAGCAUUUAUUACCUUCUAUACACUUUUUAUUUAUCUUGCAUAAGUUCGAUUCUCUCGAUCAAGUCCGUGGCUACAUAUUGCGGACGCCUAUUGAAUUUGGAUUCUGAAACUGCAAACUGUUAAUUUGCUAAUCAGAUAGAAGUAGCCAAAGUUCUGGAUUAUGAAUCGUAGAACAGGCGAGCCUCUAUUUUUGCGAUUCGUGGUACCUAAUUCAUAAACAUUGAAAUAUGAUUGUUUAUUGUGACUAUCUGAUAUUUGUGAAUCAAUAUUUUUCGCUUAGGUGUAGAUAAAGCCAUAAUUAGAAGCAAACGGCAUUCUUACAUACACUCGAUUCUUCGUAAGUCAAAUAUUUUAUUGUCUUCUUAUUUACAAUUAAUUUUUGAUUAAAUUUUUUUAUCAUUGAAUAAAAAAAGAAUCUAAAAAGCCUGUUUCGAAAUUUCGACAAUUUUUAGUUGAUAUUGUAGAGGCAGGACAUCCUUAACAAUUUGCAAUUCGCAAUCCGAAUCCAAUCCGCUGUUCCAAACAUCGAAACGCUUAAAGAAACGGAUGUACACAUUGAUAUCUAAAUAUUCUAUAAAAAUGCGAUCGUUAUUUAUUCUCUUUAAUCAUUAAUUGAGUACCCUUGUACCGUUCGAAGCGAUUGAUCUUGAUUAUUAAAAGAUCACGAAAAUCAUAAUUUCUCAACUAUCGUUACAUUUAAUAUUAUCGCGCGUACAGCGUCAGAAAUGAAAGAGUUAUUUAUAUACACUAACGUACAUACGAUGCGAACCGAAGACGUAAUCUCCGAAAGGAUGGUUCGAUGGCAUUUACGACGACAUUCCGAAAUUUGAUUUUGAUAUAUUCUAUAGCGCUAAUAUCUAUCUUUAACUUUGAAAAUAUGAUUGAUAUGUGCAACUAUUCGUCCAGCGACUGUUGGCGCAGCAGUAUUGUUAAGCUAGUUGAUAAUUUGUAUAAUAGGCUAUAUUCCUUUUUAUAAUAUAUUAAGCGUUUAUUUACGCGUGAAUACACACGUACUAGCUUUAAUCGGUGAGAUCCCGGGGACGAAUGACGUUGCACGCAAUUCUCUUAUAGAUAUAUAACUGUGUGUAUACGUGUGUACGUUAUUUCACUUGAAUCAAUGAUUCGUUCGUUCGUUCUCGGAUAUCUCUCUUCAAAAUGAAAUAUCGCUAUGCUCGGGCGCUACUAUUCUGUGAUCCUAAGAAAAGACAAGUUAUAAUCGUCUUAUACACAUACACAUACAUACACACACAUACAUACAUGCACAUUUUACACGUUGGAUGAUUUUAUUGAAAAUGUUCUUUCGAGCGGGAUUGUGGGCGCGCGCGCGCGCGCGUGUGCAUUCUCUGAUACGCAUUAUAACUGUAUACUCACACACGCAUGCCGCGUAAUUACGUGCUCUUUUUAUCGCCAUCGUGGGGCACUCCAACUAUUCCUUAAUGGAACAUUCUUACUGUAUAUUUAAUUGUGCGUAAUUACAAUUUUUUACCUUUUGCAAAUGUGUGAGAGAAUGUGUGUGUGUGUGUGUGUGUGUACGCGAGAGAGAGAGAGAGAGAGAGAGAGAGAGAGAGAGAGAGAGAGAGAGAGAGACCCCAUGAGAGUACAGAUGCGAAUAAAAAGGGCGAAUUCAUUACGAUUAAAUCGGAACCGGUUGUCGCGUGUAAAUUGGAGACAUAUUGGGGCCGUCCUUAAAAGAAAAA